CGGGUCUUCUCUCUCUCUCAUAUGCUGCUUGAGUGAGUAAAAUAUAAACAUUAAAAAAAACUAAUUAAAUAAUUUGUAAUUUUACUAUUUUUCCCAAAAAUCAUUAAAACCCCGCUAAUUAAUUUAUUCGUUAUGAUGGUGGAUAAUAAUCUCUCUCCAGUCAUCGUGCUCCUUAAACAAGUCGUAACUAUUGAUGACUUAUUUCAAAUCAAACAUAGCUCAAAAAUUAAAAAGUGUUCAAUUUGUGGCUCGUCGCGAGGUCAUCGCCACAUGAAAAAACAACACUGCUUCUUUCUCCAGCUGAUCGUGGGGGCGAAUCAUUUGUGUCGGAAAAGUCUGCAGAUUUGUGCCGCUUGUCGCCAAAAUUUGGACCAAUUAAGCAACCUGAAGGAGGAAAUGGACCAAUUGAGCGUGACGAUAGACGCGAUGGUGAAAUUGAUCAAGUUGAAGAUGACAUAUCAAGCGGAAAUUGCUAAGAAUGAAGAGGAAGCAUCGAGAACCACGGAACAGGAUGAAAAUCUUGACGACCUUAGUGAAACCGAUGCGAAACCAGUAAUUGUGAAUUAUGAAGAUGACGAACUUGAUGUUUUUGAGGAGAUAAUACGGAAACCAGGUGAACGACCAGAAAUCAAACGUAAACGACCUGGGCCCUGGAGCAAGAGAAAGAGAUCUGGGCCCGUAAAUGUAAAAAAGACCGAAAACACUGAAAAUGAGAUAAAGCAUGCAGCUACGUUAAGCUUUUUAACAGUGGAAAACACUGCGAUAAAGGGCGCAGAUAUGUCGAGCUUUUUAAAAGUAGAACUGAAAAAAGAAAACGAACAAAAUGUCGAGAACUGUACAUUUUCCGACAAUGAGACUGACCAGGAAGGCGGUGCGGAUAUGAUGCUUCCCGAGGACAAUGAUGAUAACAAUAAUGGCAAAUUUGGCAAAUUUAUUAUCGAGGCUGAAACCACGCCAGUUUUUUUGUCAUCAGAUUCCUCGACGGGGGGCGAUUUACCCUCCUCGAAUACCUUGGACCUUCAACAAACUGCUCCAAUUAUUCGACCAUCCCCAACAAAUAUUAUUCCACCUUUACCAACCCCACAGAGGGACCGAUUCAUCCCAGGUUCAGAAGCCGUCUGCCCAAACUGUGGAACACGAUCGAGAGAUUUGCACGUCUGCGAGUACUGCAAAACUCGAUUCUCGGAUACCACAAAAAUUAUCAACAUUAUAGAAUUUAAUAAAACAGAGACAAAAAAAGAAAAGGAAGGCGCAGUACUGAACCAGUCACUUGAUGAAAUACCCGCAAAGAAAUUGAAAUCGUCGCUCCCCGAGAACGGGACUGAAUCAUCCUCAGAUGGCGAAAUUGUCAAGAUUAUUGCCGAAAAUCUAGUUGUCCACGCAUCGGAUGGUUCCAGAAUUGAUAAUAACUUUGGUGAAAGUCAAGGGGAAGAAGACGACGAAAUUCCGGUUCUAUCCGAAAAAUUGGACGGGAAACCACCCCCUAAUUUUUCACCCGACACGAAGGUAACCCUUGAGUGUCGCAGUGUCAGCAUCGAGACUUAUCAAACUCGAGCAGCAGGUUCGCAGGGCUUUAUCCUCGCGACCAUUUGCCAGAAGGGGAUCGAAUUCGCCAUGCUGCACACUCAAUGCGGAAGGCCACCUGUAAAGUGUUUCAUACCAAUGGAUUCCAUUACACAAGUUGAAGUUCAUCCUUACGCGGUCUCCCUCAGCCUGCAGGGAACGCCUUAUCUGGACGAGCUGAGAAUGUCGCUCGGAUUUAGUAGCAAUCCUAAACACGCCAACUACCACUACGAUCCACAAAGUACAAAUCCCCGUCAGAAGAAAAUUACGCUUAUUUCCCACGACAGCAUGAUGGACAGGAUGCCCAUACUGAAGUUUCUUAUCCCCAGCCCAGCUUAUACGCUUGACACGGGUCAAAUAUGAAAAAAAUCAUCCGUUUGACUGUGAAACAGGGUGUCUUCUCUUACAAAAUUGGAUCCGUGAUAGUUUCAUAUUGUUUAAAAAUAUUACCAACCUUGAUAAUUAUCAUCUUGCUAAACCCUGUAAAAAUAAGAAUUCAACAGACGUUGUUGAGAGAUAAAUAA